AUUCAGAUGCGCUAGGCGGGGUCUGUCCUGCCAACUGCAGUUUAAUCUAACGUGAACGUUGCAUGCAUGCGUGACUGCAAACAGUUUAAAGACAACAACAAAAAAAUCGAAAUCCUUGAUAGACAAGGGUCUUUACUAAAUGAACGUAUGAUUGUUGUUACAAUGUAUCGUCUCUGUAAAGAUUUGUUGUUUACAUUGACAGAGUGAUAGUCAGGCGUCACAGUAUUCGCAUUAUGCAUCCGAUGCCUAGGAUCGACGGGGACAUUUUUGACUGUAUCCAACGAGGGAACAUUGAUCAGUGUGCACAUUUCAUUCAACAUGAUCGAUCUAUCCUCAAAGAGAAAGGCUGGGGUGGUUUCACUCCUCUCCACUUUGCGGCCCUCCAAGGUAACCGUUGGAUAGUUAACCUGUUGCUAAGCAAUGGAGCUGACCCCAACCUGACCUGUGAUGCAGGAAUGACGGCCUUCCAUUUAGCCUGCAGGCAUGGUAAUGUAUAUGUGAUGCACCAGAUUAUGCAGCAUGGAGCUGAUCUACGCAUAGUAGACCAUCAGGGAAAAACCGCCCUACACCAUGGAGUGUCUGGAGGCAACAUUGUUGCGAUGCAGUACCUGUGGGAGACGGGAAUGUUCAGGUGGUGCGAUGGAGACAUGUACAAUGUCACACCUCUACACCUGGCUGCUGACGCUGGCAACACCGAGGUGAUCCGCUACCUGCUCCGAAACAAGAGGUGUAUGGUGGAGACUGUGGAUGAGGAUGGGUUGACAGCGGUCCAUGUGGCAUCAGAGAGAGGCUGUAUAGAGAUGUGUUGGACGCUGCUACAGAGAUCAGGCUUCAGGAUACUACACUUGAAGACCUACAGCGGACACACGCCUCUGGACCUCUGCAGGCAGGGAAGGACAUUCAGACAUCUGCAGCUGGCCAAACUACUGACCCGCUACAUGAAGGAGCCACCCUUCAGCAAACCUGACGAGUCCCCAAUCCUGUACUACUGGACAUUAUUCUUCCCGUGUCUGAUCGGAGGAGUGAUUCUGAUUAUCGCAGCGAUGUUGGGGGGCUACGGAGGGAUAACGUGCGCCGUCCUCUUCCCUUGGCUGGCCAGGAGUAUUUUCUCCCAGUUACACCGCAUGACCACCUACCAGAGGUUGGCCAACCCCGUCUACCUAGGGACUAUGAUAGCAGGACUGUUCCACUCUCUAGUCUGUUUCUACUACAAAAUACUGCCGCCUAGUUUGUGGGGGGAUAGUGUUCUGGGUCAUGUGUCGCUGGUCCAAUUCUCUAUGGUUUUGGCCAUGUUCUGGAAGAUUCUAACCCAGGAUCCUGGGGAGCUGGGACCGGGAGAUGCAGAUCCUCGCUUCUCCUCCAUAGCAGACCUGCUGGAGAAAAAACAGAAUCCUCAGAGGUUCUGCAUCUACUGUGAGUUGUUCCAGCCGGACCAUACUAAACACUGCAAAUUGUGUGAUGUGUGUGUGAGGGAUUACGACCACCACUGCCUGUUCCUGAACCGCUGCAUUGGUAGGGGAAACCACCGCCUCUUCAUCAUCUUCAUCCUCUCCAUGGCCGCAGCACACCUCCUUUUCGUGGCUGCGGCCAUUUACCACCUGUAUGUGGUGGUGGUGUCCCUUGAGGACCAGUCGUUGGUUAGGGCAGUAGCUAAACAGUUCUGGGUGGUCACAUUGACAAUAAUGAACGCUCUGACAAUCCUUUGGGAGGCUUGGCUGUUGACAGAACAGUUUGAUGCCAUCGCCAUGGGGACUACAACCUACUUCAAACCUACCUGCGAGACUCGGCAACGGUCACUAGGAUACCGCUGGACAACGGUUCUUACCUUCCUAUUGGAGGGGAGGAGACGGUUAGAUUAUGGACAGACGGAGGACAAUAUCUCCAUAGACAUUUAGACAAUAUGCACUCUAAAACCUGUGGUAUAAUGAAGAACAAUGUAUAUAUGAAUUCUAUAUUCCAUUCUUGAAACCAACUGGAUCAUCUGUGAGACUGUUAGCAUGGUGAGCUAGAGUCUAGGCAUUACCUUGGGAAGCUAAUACCGCUAUUAAACAUAUAACAAGUGGUGUGUAGACCAGAAUUGGUUCUAAUAGAUCUUAACAUUAGAGAUUCCUUAGAUUGUCUUUGGGGGUGUGGUCGUCAAUAUAUCUGUUUAAACUUUAUACUUGAACAUAGGUAUUGAAAAAUUAUACUUUUAACAUAUAGACUACAGUAGACUGAAUGCGGAAAUCUUGCCAGCUAACAAAUCAACAUGUCACACUCCUCACAUAACGCACUGACUUAAACUCUAUGUCCUGGUUAAGCAUUUCCUAUGUAUACAGUACAUGUAGAGCUAGUUUUAUGUGAUGCUCUGAGCUAUUUUAAAACUGACAGUACUUCUACAACAAUGUAGCUAGUUUAUGAACAACUGAUCUUGCGCUGUCCUGUGAAGGAUCCCACUAUUUUACUACAGUAUAUCCCGUGGAGUUAGCUUUCUGUUUUACAUUUUUAAUGCAUUGGUGUAUUUAAAACAGUGUUUCGUGGGAGAUAACUGGUCACUUGAAACGUGACCGGUUUCUUAUUACUUAAAUAAAAAGUAAUAUGAUGUGA